AAAAUCUUCAUCUGCCCAACAAAUUUCUUCCACUUACUUUCUAAAUUAAAUCAAACUUUUUUCAAUAUUUAGUCCUCUUGCCUGGAACUUUUUUUGGCCCAAUUUUUCGGAUUUCUGUUUCUCCGGAAUUUACGGAUUAUUGCAAGAUUUUCGUAAAAAGGUUCGUUACUUGCAGACAAACAUUAUGUGCCAUUUUGCAACAAGGAAACAACUAGUUUUAAUAUCUCAAACCAACGCCUUAUUCACCGAUAGUCUAUUUGAAUUUUGUUAAUGAGGUGUGUUGGGGUGAGCACUAAUGUUCCGGCAACUAAAGGGUUGGCGGAGCUUAACCACCAUAAUCGUGUGGAGCUUAAGGAAGUGAGAAAUGAAGCUGGUUUUGAUGGUCAAUGGUUGUCUGAAGAAGAAGUGUCAAGGCUCAAUGAGGAUGUGAAUAGUGCUAGGCCCGAGGAGCUAAGCCAGCGUAGACAACCACAGCAGCAGCAGCAGCAGCAGCAGCAACCUCAAGAACCUGUGGUUCAAUGGGAGACCUUUUUGCCUCUUAGGUCUCUCAAGGUUCUUUUGGUUGAAGAUGAUGAUUCAACUCGUCAAGUUAUUAGCGCUUUGCUUCGGAAUUGCAGCUACGAAGUUACUGCUGUGGCAAAUGGUCUGGAAGCGUGGAAAGUGUUGAUUGAUCUAAACAAGCAAAUCGAUCUAGUUUUAACUGAGGUAGUCAUGCCGUAUAUGUCUGGUAUCGGUCUCUUAACGAAGAUCAUGAGCCAUGUUACCCGCAAGAAUCUCCCAGUGAUAAUGAUGUCAUCCGAUGACUCAAUGGGUAUAGUCUUUAAUUGUUUAUCCAAAGGUGCAGUUGACUUUUUAGUCAAGCCUAUUCGAAAGAAUGAGCUAAAAAACCUCUGGCGGCAUGUAUGGAUGAAAUGUCACAGUCAGUCUACCGGUAGUGGGAGUGGAAGUGGGAGUGUGAGUGGCAUACGCGAUCGCAAAUCUACAAAAUCAAAAAGAGCCCAGGAGUCAGGUGAUGACAGCGAUAGCAGUGAUGAGGAUGAUGACAUCAGCAUUGAACUGAACGCGAAGGGUGGCAGCGAUAAUGGAAGUGGAACUCAGAGUUCUUGGCCAAAAAGGGCUGUGGAAGUUGAUAGCUCCCAAGAAAAGUCUUUGUAUGAUGAAGUACCAAAUCCUCGUGAUACCAAUGCUCUGGCUGCAAGGCCUGAAACAUGUAAGAACAAUUGGCGAUUAGCGAUUGCCAAUAGAGAGGAUCUAACGGAGGAUGAUAAACUAGAAAUUAUUGAAAUGGGAAAAGACUUGGAGAUUGGAGUGCCUAAAAGUUCAAAUUUUGUGGUUGAAAACACAAACAAAAAGGGAGUGGACAACACAAACUCAAAGAAAGGGGGCGAAAAGUCUGAUACUGCUAUGCAACUUGGUUGCCAAAGUGGUGCACCAAAGAAGGAACCUCUUGGUCCCACCAAGAUAAGUAAUACCCAUAUGGAAGCUUUAAAAGCAAACCACUUGCUCAAGAAUAUUAACAUUGAAGAUAAAUCUUCAUAUUAUUCAAAGGAAUCGCCUGCCCUCGAGCUCAGUUUGAAGAGGCCAAGAGAUGUGCAGGAUGCUGAAGCUAGUGCCCAAGACCGGACUGCUUUACGUCACUCCGACCAUUCAGCAUUCUCAAGGUAUAACACUGUAUCAAACACUAACCAGGCUCCAACCGGGAUUGUGGGCAGCUGCUCGCCACUUGGUAUCAGCUCAGAAGCUGCAAAGCCUGAUAACUUACAAUCUAAUUCAAAUGGAACACCUAAUCAACGUUCCCAUGGCAGUGAUGAUAUGGGGUCCACUACCAACAAUGCUUUCACUACCAAACCAGACAACAAACCACUUCCCAAAAAUACCACUCUUGUCGUUACCCACAACCAUACUUCCACCCUUGAACCACUCAUCCCGUCUGCUGCUGAGGAUGGGGAUGGAGUUAAGACCACUGCUGGACAAUCAAAGCAGCAGGUGCAAGUCCGCCACCAUCAUCACCACUAUCACCACCACCACCAUCAUGUCCAUAAACUUCAGCAACAGAAAAUGGUUGAUCCCGAUGAUGGAUCUUUGAGAAAUAUGGUGUCUAAUGUCUUGACAGCUUCAGCUGAAGGAAAUGCUGCUAAUUAUGGUAGUGCAUCAGGAAGUAAUAAUAAGAGCAAUGGUGAAAAUGGAAGCAGUUGGCAGAAGGGAAGCAGCUCUGCUCUGGUGGCUGAAGGUGGUAAGAUUGAAAUGGAUAAUGCUCCUGCUAAAAAAGAUAAUGGUGUCGCAAAGGUUUGUAAUGAUGGAGAUGGCAGUGGAAGCGGGAGUGGAAGAGGUAGUGGUUUGGAUCAAGAACGCUUAACUCAGCGAGAGGUCGCCCUUAAUAAAUUUCGUCAGAAGAGGAAGGAAAGAUGUUUUGAGAAAAAGGUCCGGUACCAAAGCAGGAAGAGACUAGCAGAACAGAGACCACGUAUUCGUGGACAGUUUGUUCGACAUGGGGCUAAUGGGGUCAAUAAUGAGGAUGCAGAUUCGUAACGGCUGACUUUGACUUUGUUUCUGAUAUCAAAUAAGUAAAUCAAGGUUAGCAGUGUUGUAGAUAUGAAGAGUACGUUUCAAGAUACGAGGGGAUGCAAUGAACGAUUUUAGAAGAAUGGAAUUCAACCAAAUCUUGAAUUAAAACAUAUAGUCCACCCGUCUCUAGCAGUAAAUCUUUUUUCUCCUGGACAUUCCUAUAUUAUGUUCAUCCUAAUAAUGAUUUUUCCAAUUUCAGUUUUCGGUUUGUGUUGCUUAA